AUGGAUCUUUUUAAUAAAGUAAAGAGUGCAAUUGGUGAGGAUAAUCUUAGCAAGUUGCAAGAGGAGGUGACGCAGAGGAUUUCUAAGACGUCUCUUUCCGAUGGUAAGAAAAAUUCGAAGGAUACCAGUGAAGGAGGCAGCUAUAUCGGCGGGAAGUAUGGGUCUACUGUAAAUGAUGAUUCGGUUGCGACUGAUUCUUAUGGAAGCAGUAAUAUUGGUUCUCAGGGAUUUCGGAACGAUGAAAAUGAUGAUUCUAAGGAUUACCGGAAAUCUGAGUCCUAUAAUAUACGCAGUGAUAAUGAUGAUGAUCAGUUUGGCUCAAAUAACGAACCUUACUCCGACAAUGAUGGAAAUUAUGGGUCGAAGACUGAUUCCUAUGGAUCUAGUGUGAACUAUGGUUCCAAGAAAUCUGAUUCUUACGGCUCCCGUAAUGACGACGACGCCAACAACUAUGGUUCCAAGAAAUCCAGUUCGUACGGCUCCCGUAAUGACGACAACAACUAUGGUUCCAAGAAUUCAGGGUUUCACGGUUCCCGUAAUGACGAUGCUAGCGGUGAUAAGGCUUCUGGUGAUUAUGGUACUACAUCAAGGACUGGCGAUUCAAUUUAUAACAGAGGUGAUUGCUACGGCGAACGCAAUGACAAUUAUAAUGAUAACUAG